UCUGUAGCCAGUGACAAUAGUGCGCACGCACAAACAUGGCGAUCUGCACAAACGCAUUAACAGUUUUCUGUUCAUCAGCAGGAAGUUGGGUCUCUUAGUGACAGUUGUAAGUUAGGAAGAGAUGAUGGCCGUGGAUGUGAAAUCCAGAGCAAAGAGAUACGAAAAGCUUGAUUUUCUUGGAGAGGGCCAGUUCGCAACUGUUUACAAAGCAAGAGAUAAGAAUACAAACACCAUAGUUGCGAUCAAAAAGAUUAAAGUUGGUCACAGAGCUGAAGCCAAAGAUGGUAUUAACCGAACAGCCCUUCGAGAAAUUAAACUGCUUCAAGAGCUAAGUCACCCAAAUAUAAUUGGACUUCUAGAUGCUUUUGGACAUAAAUCCAAUAUCAGUCUGGUCUUUGACUACAUGGAAACAGAUCUAGAGGUAAUAAUAAAGGACACCAGCCUGGUCUUGACUCCUGCAAACAUCAAAGCAUAUAUACUGAUGACACUUCAGGGUCUAGAGUAUAUGCAUCAACAUUGGAUCUUACACAGGGAUCUAAAACCAAACAACUUGCUAUUGGAUGAAAAUGGUGUCCUGAAGCUUGCAGACUUUGGUCUGGCUAAGGCUUUUGGAAGUCCCAAUAGGGUGUACACUCACCAAGUAGUAACAAGGUGGUACAGAAGUCCAGAGCUUCUCUUCGGUGCCAGAAUGUAUGGUGUGGGUGUAGACAUGUGGGCAGUUGGCUGUAUAUUAGCUGAGUUGCUCCUAAGGGUACCCUUUUUACCAGGAGACUCAGAUCUUGACCAGCUAACCAAAAUUUUUGAAGCUUUAGGAACUCCGACAGAAGAGACAUGGCCUGGCCUGACCAGCCUUCCUGACUACAUAUCAUUUAAAAUGUUUCCUGGAACACCCCUAGAGCACAUAUUCAGUGCAGCAGGUGAUGAUUUACUGGACCUGUUACGAGGAUUAUUUACAUACAAUCCCUGCACACGAAUCACGGCAACACAGGCCUUGAAAAAGAGAUAUUUCAGCAACAGGCCUGGCCCAACUCCAGGACCCCAACUUCCAAGGCCUAACUGCUCAGUGGAAGCCCUAAAAGAACAGGAAAACUUUAAAAUUGGAGUUAAAAGGAAACGCGAUGGUACAGAACAAGGAUCACUGAAGAAAAAAUUGAUAUUCUAACUGGAAGAGGCCAAGGUUGAUGUAAGGUGACUGCCGAUGACUACUCAACAGUUGGUGCUGCUAAAAAAUGACUUCUCUAAAGUCAUACAUGGGGAAAAAAGAAACUUGAUCGCAGUUACACAUUGUAACAUUGAACUGUAUGAGCUCUCCAGAGCAUUAUUAUUUAUAUAAAUGGAUUUUUGAUAUGAAAGAAGAGUAAAGUUCAUUUACUUUUAUGUUUUUAUAUGACAAUAAACUGUGAAACUAUAAAUGUU